AUGGAUACCGAUUCUGAGCCAUAUGAGAAGUGGUCCUCAACACCAGUGAAGAACGAACUGAAGUUUGACGAUAAAGGAGGAAGUGAUUAUAUGCCGAUCAAUUACGAACCACAGCCAACUGAAAUCUCGUUUGUUCAGUGCUUCCGAUUACCUGCUCCCCUGAAUAAUACCGAUAUGGAAGUGAGUCACUUUUUUUAUUUUGUAAAAUGCUUAUUUAUUAACAGAAAAUUAGCGAUGCGCGCCUGGUAGCC